UCAGCGCGCAUGUCAGAAAUAAAAAUUCAUUCUCAAAAUGUUUUCACUCCCAUAAAAUGACUAAUAGCAUGAUAUAAAUACGCCCUGAAUGAGGAUUUACAACGAUGGUGUGAAUAACUUAUACCAAACAUGAUGAAGAAGCUAGAUUUGAAAGGAUUAAAAGCUUCAUUUCACAGAAAAUCGAAAACAGGAAGUCAAGAUAUGAAUUAUGUUCCUGAAAAUCAAAAUAAAAGUGAUCUUCCAGGUUGGGAGAGAGAUUUUUCUCCUGAUUUAGAGCGUUGCGACGUUCGUGGAUCUACGGUGAUAGAGGCUAAUGAAGUGUCCAGUGAUAGUAAUCAAGACAUUUGGAAACCUAGGGUUGUAAAAUCCAAGUCAAUAGACGUUGUUCCAUUACCACGCAAAAAGGAAAAGAACGGUUUCUUUCGGACGCUCCGUCGUAAACUGAGCACUACAUUUCAGCACAAACGAGAUGGAUUAAAUUCUGAUGAUGAAACACAUGUGCAUAGGUUUGAAAACUAUGGACGAAUGUCUAAAGCAAAGGGUGGAAGUUUACGAACCGUUGUUCGUCCACUACAUACUCCAGUUAGGUCAGCUCACUCAGAAGAUUGCAUAAAUAUUUCAGGGUCUACAAUAGACACCUAUCCUGCUGUUGAAUGUGAACCACCAAAAGUUGUUGUAAGUCGGUCACCAGAUAUUUUGGAAAACUUUGAAAUCACCGAACCAGGUCCCCCAGUUUUACCAAGACCAGAUCUUAUAAACAAAACCCCUUAUAGACCAUCAAAAUCUAAAUCAUUACAACUUCAUGACAGUGGUAAUGUGAAAAAACAAAUACAUGACCGUCCGUAUGAAACAUAUGAAAAAUCAGCUUUAUCAGCAGUAUAUGAUCAGUCACAAGAAACAAACUCACCCAAAGUAUGGAGCUUUACUGCGGAACUAUAUCGAUUAUCAAAAUCUGGAUGGUAUUGGGGACCAGUCACAAGAAUUGAAGCGGAAGAAAAACUAUUAGAUCAACCCGAUGGAGCUUUUUUAGUGCGCGAUAGUUCUGAUGAGCGAUAUUUGUUGAGUCUUAGCUUCAGAUCAUAUGGACGGACAUUACAUACACGAAUUGAACACUGUAAUGGUAUAUUUAGCUUUUACGCUCAACCUGAAAGUGAGGGCUAUGACUCAAUUGUGGAUUUAAUCGAGCAUAGCAUGACUGAUUCCCAGACAGGAAUAUUCUGUUACUCUCGUUCACGAGGCCCUGGAUCUCCCUCAUUUCCUGUACGCCUCACUAAACCUGUGUCACGGUUCGACGAAGUACGCUCUUUACAAUACCUCUGUCGAUUUGUGAUACGUCAAACUACGAGACUUGACCAUAUUCAGAAACUACCAUUGCCCAAUAGAAUAAAGGGAUGGCUUGAGGAAAGCCAGUAUUAAGGUAGAGGGAGCGGAAUUAAGUCAGCCAACAUGGCAACUUCGUCUACCUUGAAAUCAUCUAGGUCAUCACAAUCUCCAAAAUCGGCAUAAUGUGGCAUCUCACUAACUCUAUUUACCUAUGAGUAUUUAUAAGUAAAUCACAAUCACCAAUAGAUUGAACAGGUUUUAAAUACCUGAUAUUUGAAAUGCAUCAACAUUUCUUGAAAGAAGAAUUUGGUGAAGCCCGGAAUAUCAUGUAUGAUAGGAAUCAAAAUUAAGAUUAUUGUGUUGUUUUUCUAGCUCAUAUUAUUUAUAAAAUGUUGUUCCUGAAUGUAACAUACAAUGUAUUGGCAAAAUGGUGCUUCAACAAUUACAGUGUCAUACUAUACACCAAUUUAAAGUAUUUAGCUAAAAUAUGUACAUGUUCUGUGUAGAGUGUCUUUACAGUGAAUACCAGGAUUUUCCAGCAAAUAGACCAUGGUCUUAUAGGUGGGUAGUUAUGAGACUAAUUCUGUGUCAUGUAAUACAGUACCUAUGUUAACAUAGAACUUAUAAAAUCAUAGUCUUCUAGCUUGAAUCUCCUGUACUGGUUGUUACGUAUAUAAACAUGUCUAUAUGUAUUGCAAUGUGAAGUUCAUUGAGUCAUCUGUAUUUAACCAUUAUAAAGUGUUCUCCCCUAAAAAAUGCCCAUGGGCAUUAUAUUAUACGAACACUAAAUAUUUUUUUCAUCAACAUUUGGUUAUAAAAUUUCAAUGUUAUCAGAAAAAUUUUUGAUGUGCCUCAUGUUUUUGCAACUUUUGAUUUUCAGUACAGUAAAACCUGUAUUUCCGAACACUUGGCUAAUUGAAACACUUUGUAAUCUGAACACUUUUUUCGGUCCCAUUUUCGAAAAAUGAACAGUCAAAUUUGAAAAAUUAACAUGAACCCUUCGUGAAAUAUCACGUUUCAUACAAAAUUGCUCAAAUAUUUUCACUGUUUCAUUAGAAUAUCCAAACAUUUGAACUGUUGAAUGGUCUUACUCAUAUUAUGUCUUUUAAACAGGACUAAUGAGUUAUUUAAAUCAGAUUUUCAAAUUAUUGGUAUGCCUUGGUCAAUAGAACUGUAAAUAUUUAUUGAGAAUGCAAAAACCUUGAAAUGUGAACACCCACUAUUAAAUCCAAACUCUUUUAGCCCUUUCGAAUGACAUUCGGCUUAGACAGGAUUUACUGUAUUUAUUAAGCUAAGUACUGUAAAACCUGUACAUCCAAGUUUUGCCUAUUGACUUCCUUGUUAAUGAAACUUUGAAGUGUGAACACCUGCUAAAAUCUGAACACAUGCCUUUUGGACAGUCUGAGUGAACAGCCACAAACAGGAACACUUUCUAAUGGGUUUACCUUUGAGGGGUUUUACCAAUUUACUAAAAUGACAAAAAGUCUUUAAAUGACAAGAAAAAAUUGACAAAAAAUGACAAAAAGUCUUAAAUUGAAUAAAUGAAAAGUUUUACUGUGGUUUAUCAAAGUUUAAGCCUUGCAAAGUUCUCCAGAUUUUUAAGCAUUCGUGUCUGAAAGUUCAAACUGAAAGUGAAAUCUAAUGAUAACCUAAGUUACAUUUGCCCAAGUCCUAUAUUUUGCCUUGCCUAUAUAAAUUUGCCUCAUCUAUUACAAAUUUUGCCUCACCUACUUGAGGUCAAGGCAAUGCCACUGUGUGUAUCUAGCUUUUUGUCACAUGUGAACAUUGAGAAUUUGAUUAUAUAGUUGAUGGAUAUAUAUUUUAAUAUGGUUGCUGAAAUAUUUAGCUUAUCUAUUGAAUAGCCUUAUGGUCCAAAUAUGAAAAAAAGAUAAAAUGAAAUGGAAAAAUUUCAGAAAGCUUGAAAAUAUAAAAAAAUAAAGAGAGCUUGUUGUACUGUCUGUGUGUAGCUAUGUGCCAUUUUGUUUUAAUAAAAUUAUAUGAUACAACAAAAACGUA